GCGGCCGUAGACCCAGGGGGAGGCCGAGUGGGAGGGACUGCACGCCCGCUCGCCCCGAUCGCUGGCAGGGGGCGUUGUGCAGAGUGGAGCAACAUGCAGAUAGGCGCCCGGCGCCCUGACGACCCCUCCCGAGGAAAAGAGGCCGGGGCCGUGCUGGCGCGGCGGGGAGCAUGAGGCAGGCCAGGGGGCGGCUCGGCUUGCAGCGCUGCUAAGGAGCCGUGCGCGCGGCACUCGCGCCGGGACGCGCGGAGGGCGGGGAGCCGGGCGGGUCUCGCCAGCGGGCAGGAGCCGGCCGCCGGGAGCUGUUCUGAUUUCAGACGCGGACGCGAGGGGCCCGGAGCAGCCCCUGGCCCCGGCGCGCCGCCGACAUGGGCAACGCGGGGAGCAUGGAUUCGCAGCAGACCGAUUUCAGGGCGCACAACGUGCCUUUGAAGCUACCGAUGCCGGAGCCAGGUGAACUGGAGGAGAGAUUUGCCAUCGUGCUGAAUGCUAUGAACCUACCUCCUGACAAAGCCAGGUUACUAAGGCAGUAUGACAAUGAGAAGAAAUGGGAACUGAUUUGUGAUCAGGAACGAUUCCAGGUGAAGAAUCCUCCCCACACGUAUAUCCAAAAGCUCAAAGGCUAUCUGGAUCCAGCUGUAACCAGGAAGAAGUUCAGGCGGCGUGUUCAAGAAUCCACACAAGUGCUAAGAGAACUGGAAAUUUCUUUAAGAACAAACCACAUUGGGUGGGUCAGAGAGUUUCUGAAUGAAGAAAACAAAGGUCUUGAUGUUCUGGUGGAAUAUCUUUCAUUUGCACAGUACGCAGUAACCUUUGACUUUGAAAGUGUGGAAAGCACUGUGGAGAGCUCCAUGGACAAAUCCAAGCCCUGGAGUCGGUCCAUCGAGGACCUGCACCGAGGGAGUAACUUGCCCUCACCCGUGGGCAACAGUGUGUCCCGCUCCGGAAGGCAUUCUGCGCUACGGUAUAAUACUUUGCCAAGCAGAAGAACCCUGAAAAACUCAAGAUUAGUGAGUAAAAAAGAUGAUGUCCAUGUAUGUAUCAUGUGUUUACGUGCCAUCAUGAACUAUCAGUAUGGUUUCAACAUGGUCAUGUCUCACCCCCACGCUGUCAACGAGAUUGCACUAAGUUUAAACAACAAGAAUCCCAGAACAAAAGCCCUUGUCUUAGAACUGUUGGCAGCUGUUUGUCUUGUCAGAGGUGGACAUGAAAUAAUUUUAUCAGCAUUUGAUAACUUUAAGGAGGUUUGUGGAGAGAAACAGCGCUUCGAGAAGCUGAUGGAACAUUUCAGGAAUGAAGACAAUAACAUAGAUUUUAUGGUGGCCUCUAUGCAGUUCAUUAAUAUUGUAGUCCAUUCAGUAGAAGACAUGAAUUUCAGGGUUCACCUCCAAUAUGAAUUCACCAAAUUGGGCCUGGAUGAGUACUUGGAUAAGCUGAAACACACCGAGAGUGACAAGCUGCAGGUCCAGAUUCAGGCUUACCUGGACAAUGUUUUUGAUGUUGGAGCUCUGCUGGAAGAUGCUGAAACCAAGAACGCAGCCUUAGAGAGAGUGGAAGAACUGGAAGAAAAUAUUUCUCAUUUGUCUGAAAAACUACAAGACACAGAGAAUGAAGCCAUGUCCAAGAUUGUGGAACUGGAAAAGCAGCUCAUGCAGAGGAAUAAAGAGCUGGAUGUUGUUCGGGAAAUCUACAAAGAUGCGAACACCCAGGUUCACACGUUACGAAAAAUGGUCAAGGAGAAAGAAGAAGCCAUUCAAAGACAGUCUACCCUGGAAAAAAAGAUUCAUGAACUAGAAAAACAAGGGACCAUUAAAAUUCAGAAGAAAGGAGAUGGGGAGAUUGCCAUCCUGCCCGUUGUGGCCUCGGGCACAUUGCCCUCAGGGUCCGAAGCAGCGGCUGGUAACCCUGUGGGACCAGUAAUAGGGGCCACUUCCUUGGGGCCCUUGCCCACUCCUCCCCCACCACUACCUCUGUCAGCAGAUACACCUGAAGCAGUGCAAAAUGGCCCAGUAACACCACCUAUGCCACCGCCCCCACCUCCUCCCCCUCCUCCACCCCCUCCUCUCCCAGGACCUGCAGCUGAGGCUGUGCCGGCUCCUCCUUUACCACCCCCACCACCCCCCUCUGCACCCCCACUGCCCGGAACGUCUUCACCCACAGUGGUUUUCAACUCAGGAUUAGCAGCUGUGAAAAUUAAGAAGCCAAUCAAGACAAAGUUCCGAAUGCCAGUUUUCAACUGGGUUGCUCUGAAGCCCAAUCAGAUCAAUGGCACAGUCUUCAAUGAAAUUGAUGAUGAGCGCAUUCUGGAGGAUUUAAAUGUGGAUGAGUUUGAGGAAAUAUUCAAGACAAAAGCUCAAGGUCCUGCCAUUGACCUUUCUUCAAGCAAACAGAAGAUAACGCAGAAGGGGUCAAGCAAAGUGACAUUGCUAGAAGCAAAUAGAGCCAAAAACCUUGCCAUCACUUUACGGAAAGCUGGAAAGACUGCUGAUGAGAUUUGUAAAGCUAUUCACAUAUUUGACUUGAAGACGUUGCCUGUAGACUUUGUAGAGUGCUUGAUGAGGUUCUUGCCAACUGAGAAUGAGGUGAAAGUGCUUCGGCUCUAUGAGCGGGAAAGGAAGCCCCUGGAGAACUUGUCGGAUGAGGACCGGUUCAUGAUGCAGUUCAGUAAAAUCGAGAGGCUCAUGCAGAAGAUGACCAUCAUGGCCUUUAUCGGGAACUUUGCUGAGAGCAUUCAGAUGCUGACUCCUCAACUGCACGCAAUUAUAGCAGCAUCUGUCUCUAUAAAGUCAUCCCAAAAACUCAAGAAAAUUCUGGAGAUCAUCUUAGCUCUUGGAAACUAUAUGAAUAGCAGUAAACGGGGAGCAGUUUAUGGAUUUAAACUUCAGAGUUUAGAUCUGCUCUUAGAUACAAAGUCAACAGAUCGAAAGCAAACACUGUUGCACUAUAUAUCCAAUGUGGUGAAAGAGAAAUACCACCAGGUGUCCGUGUUCUAUAAUGAGCUGCAUUAUGUGGAGAAAGCUGCCGCAGUCUCCCUUGAAAAUGUCUUACUGGAUGUCAAAGAGCUCCAGAGGGGCAUGGACUUGACCAAGAGGGAGUACACCAUGCACGACCACAACACGCUGCUGAAGGAGUUCAUCCUCAACAACGAGGGGAAGCUGAAGAAGCUACAGGAUGAUGCUAAGAUUGCACAGGAUGCCUUUGAUGAUGUCGUAAAAUAUUUUGGAGAAAACCCCAAGACGACACCACCUUCUGUCUUCUUUCCAGUUUUUGUCCGGUUUGUGAAAGCCUAUAAGCAAGCAGAAGAGGAGAAUGAGCUAAGGAAAAAGCAGGAACAAGCUCUCAUGGAAAAACUCCUGGAACAGGAAGCUCUGAUGGAACAGCAGGAUCCCAAGUCUCCUUCUCAUAAAUCAAAGAGACAACAGCAAGAGUUAAUUGCAGAGUUAAGGCGGCGACAGGUUAAAGAUAACAGACAUGUCUAUGAGGGCAAGGAUGGUGCCAUUGAAGAUAUCAUCACAGAUCUUAGAAACCAGCCAUAUAGACGGGCCGAUGCGGUGAGGAGAAGUGUCAGGCGGCGCUUUGAUGACCAGAACUUGCGUUCUGUUAAUGGUGCCGCUGAAAUAAUGAUGUGAGCUCAAGAUCUGCCUGCAUGAGUGAAAGAGGGUGUGCAUGAAGAAAACUGUGACAACGUGAACAUGCUACUAUUUAAUGGCAACCUUGAACAGAAAUACAAUUAAGGGCUCAGAUUUAGCAAACACAUAGGAAUAUUAAAAAUGAUGGGCUCUCCUUUGAAACCUUAACAAGUGCCUAAAAGUGGAAGUACCUGCUCAGAUUAAAGCAAUAGGAUUUGAUUUUUAAACCAAUGUUCAGUUUUUUAACCAAAAUGUAAAUUUCAUAUUGCAUUCAUGAUGACAUUGUGAUUAUCUCACAAUGGCCCCCUUGGUUUUCUGAUAAAUUGUAAAUAACAUGGAUGCAUCUGCUGUGGGCUACUACUGCUGA